CACUCUGGCUGGAGGAAAACAAACAAUUGAUAGUGUGUGUGAAAAGCUUCUGAUAAUUCUGAAUAUUUCAACCUUUAUAUCUACUGAGUUUGGGUUGAUUCGAUUUCGAAUAACGAUAAACAUAUCGUAAAUUGUUGAAAAAUAGUAUUGUUUGAUAGUUAACUACAAUUGUGGCCGUAUAUUGUGCAUCAAAUAAUUUGUCUGUUUUACUCAUGUUAUAAAUAUUUUGUUGUGCUAAGGUGUAAACAGCAAUGGAGGAAAGCCAUAAUAUGGAUGACAUUGAACAAAAUUUUUUAACUCAAUUUAGUUCUAUGGUAACUACUGACAAAGAUGACCUUAUCAAACAGUUCCAAACUAUUGGUGAAAAUUUGAAUUAUUCCACUGCGACGUUCUUUUUGGAUAUGAGUAAUUGGAACCUACAGACUGCCGUUGGAUGCUAUUUUGAUUUUAUGGCAUUUUCGAGAUUGCCCUCUAUGAGAUUUAUUAAUGAUGUCACCGUGGGAAAGGACGAAAGCGUAACUCCUAACACAUCAUUUAAACUUUCGUGGCUGUUACAAAAUAAUGGAGAAAUGAGUUGGCCGAACGGUGUUCACAUACGGAAUGAAAAAGACGAUAGUAGAUAUAGUGUGCCUGCUUUAGCACCAAACGACACAACUAUAGUCACAGUUGAUUCUGUGAGUCCUUCCAUCAUAGGACCAUUCACAUCUAACUGGAAUUUAUGUACGCCAAACGGAUCACCAAUCGGAGAAACAAUUACAUCGCACGUGAAUGUAUGUGAAAGUGGGACUCUUGCCAUAACGCAACAGCUAUCGCAGCUUCAAACGAGUAAUUUUUCCGACGUAGAGAAUGCUGAAAAUGCAUCCGCAUCUGCACAGAAUCCAUCACCUGCUACAUUGGAGGAUACGGAAAUGUGGGGCUGAAAGUACUACAAUGAAAAUUAUACUAUGAAUUGGAACUAAAA